GACCGCCACGGCGGGAGGGGGUUGAAGGGAGGCUUGAACAUAUAUCCGUCGCCGGAUAGACGCCGCGGCUCGAACCCUCGAAUAACGGCGAGAGGAGAGAGACCAAGAUGACCGUCGUCGGGGGAACAAUCCCCCGCACCGUUCCGUUGAUCGUACCUAUAGACUCCGGAGACGCAGAUCGCUCCCGACGUAGCUGUAGAUAUCAGAGCAAUUGUGAGGGCUGAAUACCCUUUCUAGACGCUUUCGGUUUUGUCCUUCUCUCAGAAGAUGGUUUAUUACUCAACUUAUUAUUCAGAAAAUUGUUGAAUACGUAAUUGCCAUUUUAUUAUAUAUGUAUUAUUAUACAUGACGCUUCUCUACGUUGCUUCUAAUAUUUUUCAGCAUUCGGCCAGCGAAGUCAAGUAGCGAAAUCGAGACGGAUGUUGGAAUCAAUUUAGAAAUAGGAUUGCGAUACGUAAAAAGGCCCCUCACGCCAUGGGAUGGUUGGCGCGAGACUGACUCGGUCCUCCGGACGAUCCCGCUGGUACGACGGCACCGCUGGACCAACGCAUGCGUGGGCGUCAGUCACCAUGGAAACCGGGGAACGCGAGGCACCGCGUGUGAAUGCGUAUUGAUUACUCUGCUCUCGCUCCGUUCCGCGAUCUCUCGUAUCUCCUCCGGACCACCCCCGACCCCGUUCUCCUCUCCUUCCGCGUCCCGCGUCCCGCUAACCCCCCCGGGAAUCCUAGCGAGUGGCGGCCACCCUUCCCCACCCCCGUCUUUUCUUUAAAUUAGGCCCCUAAUGUCCCGUCCCCGGCAUCCUCGGAAUAGAAUUCGGGUUCUCUCUUUCGUUGUAGCCUGCCCGCCCUCGCGGAGGUCGUUGGUUUUUUUCUUUUUUCUUUUUUUGGUUAAAUUAAUGCCCGCAUCUCGUUCCGCUUCCUGCGGUUGAUCGAAUACGCGACACCCGACACAAUCGACGAUGUACAUACGCACACUUUUCCCUUCAUGCUCGAACGGCUACACAGGGUCAGGGGAGACGCCUCUUUCUGGUUCAAAUUUAUAGGAUGCUUCUUGCGAUUAAAGUUAAAAACUUUUACGGAUCGGUUGUUUCAACUUUUCGGAUUUUACCUAUCGGGCUAAACAUGUGUCUAUCUCUAUCUUCUUUUCUAAAUAAAUAGACAGAUAAUAGGUAUGUGUGUUGGACAAAGCUUUCUAAUAAUUUGGAACGUCAAUUGAUUAGCGAUAAUCAACUUAUCGUGGCGAUAACAACGAAAUAUUGAAAAGGUGACGUGGGAACAAUUCUAUUAUCAGCGCUUUGCGAGGACAUCUUCGACAUUCUGAUCCGAGGUUUUCCUCGCGGUUGUAAAUUUUUUAGCGAGAACUGAAGCAACGUGGAUACGGUGUACUCGCAUAAUUUCGGUCGUUGGUCACACUAGCGGCCACCACGGCGGAACAAAUUGUCCUGUUCACAUUUCGUAACGGCGGAAUUCGUUAAAUCGCUAAAGGAACGAAAGAGGGGGAAAUUAGCAAUCGUCAAUUCGGCUGAAUAUUUCAAAUCUGGCUAUUAUUUCCUUAUUGCUUUCCUUAUUCUAGAGUUUAUUUAUUGUGGAGUGGAUUUCUUUUGAUACAGAAACGUUUUUCUCAAUUCCUCCUUGCUCUUUCACAAAGUAUAUCAAAUAUAGAAAAAGAAAAAGAGAGAGAGAGAGAAAGAGAGAAAUAGAAUUCCAUACAAUGAUACAAAAAGGGCAAAGACCGUAGCGGAUAUAAAGGGAAAGUGGGGAAAAAACGAAAGAAAAAUUACUCGAGUCUUAGAGCAUAUUUCCGCGAAAAUAGAAUUAAUUGGGUGUUAAUUAUAGGAGGGAAAGUUGAUUGUAUCGAAUGGAUUUUCUAAAGGGUUAAGACGAAACGUGAGGUGUUGGCUCACGGCGAGAGGUCGAUGGAGCCUAUUGGCGUAAUCUCGCUUCGUGUACCUCCCGAAUUUCACAAGAAAUGACGAAAACAACGAGACGAUAGGAAAUCUUAAUUAAUGUGCUGGCGUGACGACUGUUGACUCACUCGCGACACUUUUAUUUUCGCUAGCACUCUUCUGCCGCGCUUGACGUUUGGUCACACUCUGUGAAUUCAGGGACGCAGGUAGUGCAGUAUUUUUUCUGUCAAAAACUAUAUGAUCUGCAAUCAUUUAUGAAAUUAUUUACGCAGCAAAAAUAAGAGAAAUUAUUGAAUUAUCAGUCAUAUAUCCCAGAUUAUUUUAUUUUAUUACCUCUAUAGUUGCUGUAACAAGCUAUAAUUAUUAUAAAUUAUUUGUAAUUCUGAACAGCUAUUAUUAUAUUGCCGUCUGUUCUUAGGCAGCCUGCUGUAAUGACUUCUAAUGAAUUUCGCUAUUAUUAUACUAAUUAUUAUAUUUAUUCAUAUUAUUAAAGGAGAGAAUGCAGUUAUAGAUUAGAUGUGAGAUUAUGGAAUUCACGAUAUCUCAUAUACUUAAUUACUUUGUGUUGAAUUCUGAAAAUAAUUGUCCAAAUUACUGCUUUACAUACUGUUUAGACGUUAUAACGUGAUUCCUAGUCAUAGACAAGGACAAACAAUUAUUGUGUUGUCAUAGAAGCUGCAUUUCAGUAUUACAUGUAGACGAAAGUUUUACAGAUGUACAUCAUUUUGAUAAAUAUGUCGGAUAUUAAUUUUUUAACUUUAAUGUAACUUGAAGGACUUAAGUAUGACUUUUAAAUGACGUAAUUUAAUUUAAUGUUUAAUGUAAUGUAUGCAUUUGACGUGUAAAGUUAUAUUGUCUGCGUUCAGGGUUAUGGACCACUUGUGUGUGUCACGAGUCCCAGUAUCGUCGCACGUAAUUUAAUUACACUUUUACGGUACUUAUUAACUAAUAUUGUUUGUUAUAAUAUUUUUAUAAUACUUCUACACAAAAUCGCAAGAAUCAAAAAAUUUUUUCACGGAUAUUUUUGGUACUUUUGUAUAAUACUAUGUAUACAAGAUACUUUUGUGAUACUUAUAUACAAGAUCUGCCAAAAAAUGUUAAUUUUUUAUAUUUUAGAAAUAAAAAUAAUUUUGAGAAUAUUUGUUGGAUAUUGUUUUACAUUUCCCUAUAAGUUCCAUAACCGCAAUUUUUUUUCUCUUUAGUAAUGUUAUGUGUAGAAGAACUUCGAAGAACUUAUAAUAUUAAUUAUUGCUUAUAAUAUUAAUAGAAUUCUAUGGGCAACAAACUUGUACCUACAAGAAGUAACUAAAGUCAUCUAAAUAAAAGAAAAUGAUAGUUCAUAAUUCUCUCUUCUCCUCUAUAGGUAGCGAUGACGAAAGUUAAGUUGUUGCUUUAAAAAUCAGAUAUUAAAUAAGUAAAAGCAUAAACAAUAUACAGGUAUAAAUUAUACAAUAAUAAAAUCUACCAAAGUAUUACGCAUUUGCAGUAACACUUUAGUGUAAAAAAAUUUCUAAUAAUCAAAUCCAAAUACACAAAAAAUUAUAAAAAAAUAUGGAAACGGAAAGAGAGAGAGAGAGAGAGAGAGAGAGAGAGAGAAUUACAUCUGUUUUCCGACUUCCUGUCUUUUACAAAUUUUACCGCGGGAAAGUUCCAAGUUCGUCCCUGAGAGUUGAAUAUGCGACAAUAUCCCAUGCAUGACCGCUAUAUAAAUAGGUGAAACUUGAGAAAUUAGAGAGCCACUUCUGUGUCAUACAUUAGAGCGAACGCUCGUCGAACUUUUUGCAACGAACUUCUUGAACUACUUGCACAGUGAUCGAUACUCAAUACCCGGAACGUUACGAGUUUGGCCGGCAAGUGGAAUAUACUCGCAGCGAUGACGCACGUUUUGACUCUCUCUGUCAUCCUCGGUGUUUGUUGCGCGCUGGCAGAGAAAAGUGAAUACACGGCGGCGGCGGUGACAACGACGACGACGACCGAGCAAUCGAAAAGACUCUCCAAUACGGAAGACCGAUUCCUGGCGAGCAUCAUUCACAAUAAAAACUCGUCGGAGCUUGGUCUCGACAGCAGCGAUGAGGACGAGACAAAGAAAACGGACAAGAAACCUAGGACCGUUUUACAUCGCGAUUCGAGUCUCGAAAGAGGUUCCAGCUGUUGCGGGACUAAGUACAGCUCCGGCGGAUUGGCACGACCGGAUUAUCAUUACAACAAGAUCCCCGUAGAGACCGGGCGGUAUCCGUCUCAAUACGGCGAGCGACACCAUAUUGACAGAUACGGAUGGCAGACCCAAGGUCGACCGCCAGGCUCCUCCAUCGGAAGCGGCGGCAGGCCCGGUGGAGGAAGCGGAAGCGGGGUCUACUCAGGAAGUCAGUUGGGAGACAGGUACGGACCACGUCCGGUGCACGCAAGUGAGACUGCUAAUAGACCCAGCGCUUUGGGAUACGUUGGAGGAUACGGUUAUGGCGGUUACGGAAGUUACGGCAGACCGACUGGACAUGUAGGUUCGAUCGGCGGCUACGGGGUUUCAGGAACCCUGGCGGACGGCGACGAGUUUGGCGGCGGUGGUGGUGGCGGCGAGCCGGCCUAUCCGGAUGCGAACGUGCCGCAGGGAAACAUUCACGCGCAAAAGGCCAUAGCACUAAAGGCUCUAGCGGGUGUGGCGUUGAUCGGGGCGGCAGCGGCAUUAGCUUCGAAUCCGGUUCUCCUGCCGAUCGGCAUCGUGAGCGGUAGGAGGAAAAGAUCCGAGACUUUCUCAGAGGAGGAGCCUGACUUUCGAAUGGAUUACAUUUUGUACAUGUUGAAGGAACAUUUAGCUAAGAUACAAAGAGAUGGUUCGAGCGCUAAACUGAUCGUCUCUCCGAGAUGUGUCGCCAGAUUGACCUGCGAAAUUCAAAAGGAUUACUUGUCCAAUUUCAGAAAGGACGUCGAAGUCUUGAGCGAUCGGAAGUAUCACCUCACCAAACUAAUACGAGCCAACGUACUUAAUACUAAUACUGUAAGCUCAGACGUAAAGGAUCUAAUCAAGCGGGCUGUCGGUGUGGCGUCGGAAAACAGAAACUGCGACGUGUUCAUUUGUAGUUACGUAAGAAAGGGUUGAACAAGAUUUUUUGUAAUAUUUCACACAAUUACUACUACUUAUCCAACCGUUUGAUAAAGGAGAAUACAUAUACGCGCACAUAAAAAAAUAAAAAAAUAAAAAUUCUUCGUACGGCUGUAGUAGUAAUUUAAAAAACCUUCACUUAAAAGACCCUGGUUAUAUAUAUUUACCAAGGUUGAGCGCAUAAAAUAUAAUUUACAUUUCAUGUAUAUAAUGUAAUCUAUAUUUUACGUAUCAUUUUAUGUAAACAGUUAUUUAAGGAUUACAGAAGAUUUCAAUUUUAUCAGAAAUAGUGAAAAUUAUACUCCAUUUUUUUAAUUUUAAUAUUAUAUAUAUUUAUUUUAUUAAUAUUUUAAAUCAAACGUAUUAAAAAUCUUAUAACAAUUACCUUUUUCCUAUAUUGUGUCAUCCAAUUUAUAAUAAUUUAUAUUGCGCCUUGUUAUAUUGUUAGAUUGUGCUUGAAAUGAAAAAUAUUUGUGUAACGUAAACAGUUCGUAAAUAAUCCAUAUUAGACAAAAUUUUGAAACUUUGUUUAUAUGGAUAAUAACUCUGAUUCAAAUUUUCUCGCGCGGAGACGUUACCGUUUCGUAAAAUGCACGCGAGAUGGCGCAUCGGUGCUCUAUCAUAUGCCGUGCAAAAGCAGCAGUGCACACGCACGUGAGGCACGGCAGAAAAAAACAAGGUAUAAACUGACGUGUCCUAAUAAAGAGGCAACGUGGCAACGCGACAGCGUCUUGGACACUUGGCCUCGUGUCGUUCUCGCGUUGCAUUUUUCGUACACCUCCGUUGUCGUGACGUCGAUGCGA